CGACAAAGGAAGACUCCUCAUCGUCAUCGUCAUUGACCGUCUCUCCACAUUCUCUUUCUCUGCAUCUAGGGAGCGAGAGAAGAGAGGGAGAGAGAGAGAGAGAGAGUCACGCAGCGAGAGGAUCGCGACGUCAGCACCGGAGACCGGUGGCGGCCGCGGCGGAGGAGCAGCCGGAUGGGGUGUUGCGUGAGCAGAAACGCCGACUCGAAGGCUAGCCGGAUCGCUCGCUGGCGAUCGACCGGGAUUGUCGCUCUGCGCGACUCCAAAUUGAAGUCGUUACCGGAUGAAGUUCUUGAUCUGGGUAGAUCCGUACGAACUCUCGAUUUAACCCAUAACAGGUUAGUUGACGUUCCCCUGGAGAUCAACAAGCUAAUCAACAUGCAACGCCUGGUUCUAGCUGAUAACUCAAUUGAGCGGCUGCCAGUAAGCUUGGGGAAACUUCAGUCGUUGAAAGUUAUGAUACUUGAUGCAAAUCGAAUGUCCACCUUGCCUGAUGAAUUGGGACAGCUAGUGAGGCUUGAGCAGUUAUCUAUCUCAGGAAACAUGUUAACUUACUUGCCUGAGACAAUUGGGAGCUUGCGCAAUUUAUUGCUUUUGAAUGUCUCAAAUAAUAAAUUGACGUCACUUCCAGAGUCAAUAGGAAGCUGCUUCUCUUUGGAAGAGCUGCGAGCAGAUGAUAAUUCUAUCGAAGAUAUCCCUUCAUCAUUUUGCAAUCUUAUUAAUUUGAAGUCACUCUCAUUGAACAACAAUAAUGUGAACCAGAUUACUCCAAAUCUGUUGAAAGAUUGUAGAUCUCUGCAAAAUGUAUCCUUGCACAACAAUCCAAUUCUAAUGGACCAGUUUCAGCAGAUGGAAGGAUUCCAAGAAUUUGAAGCAAGGAGAAAGAAGAAGUUCGACAAGCAGAUUGACUCAAAUGUGAUGAUUAGUUCCAAAGGCCUAGAUGAGGGUGUUGACUUAUGAUAGUUCUGUACUAAUAGAGGAAAGGAUGAUUUGUAGCCAUCUGCGAUGUGAUGUUUCUGGACAGCCAGUGAACUUUCGUCAAGCACCACUGCAGCUUGGAUAGGACAUAUGAUAUUUGUUCAUGCAGUUUAAGUUGGUUUGUGUCCAUAUGAUAGCUUCUCUCUUUCUUUGACGGCAUAAGUGCAUGAACGACAGGAUUCGUAUAUGUAAAUCAACUUCUGUAAAUUGAUAUAGAAUUAUACCAGAGUUUAUAUGGUACGAAUAUGAUUUCAGAAUA